AUGUUAUUUGGACAGAGCGAACAUUCAUUUCUCUUCGAGAGGCCGCUCCUAGGCCUCGCUCCUAGCCUGCCCUGUCCUCGUCACGCCCCUUACCCGUCCACGCCCGUCCCUUACCCUCCCGAGCAGCCCGCUCGCGCCACUAGCACGCACGAUCGCACGCCCGCAGCCACGCAUACGCUGCAGCGCAUGCGCACGCAGCUGCACGUGCGCCAGCAGUACGAACAGCAGCCACGCGCUGCAGCUGCCGUCCGCUCGCACGCUCGCCACGUGCACACAGCAGCGUUAUCACGCGCAGCAGCAGCCGCACGUGCUGCAGCAGCUGCGAGCCCGCACACCACUGCCCGCGUACGAGGAGCAGCCCCCGCGCACGCAGCAGCCAUCGCACGUGCCUCUGCAGCCACACGCACGCACGCGCUGCAGCAGCUGUAG